CCCCGGGGGGCGCCCAAGAUGGCGGCGGGCGGCGCGGAGGGCGGCUCGGGCCCCGGCGCCGCUAUGGGGGACUGCGCGGAGAUCAAGUCGCAGUUCCGCACCCGCGAGGGCUUCUACAAGCUGCUCCCUGGCGACGGCGCCGCUCGCAGGUCGGGUCCGGCUUCCACCCAGACCCCGGCGCCGCCCCAGCCGCCGCAGCCCCCGCCGGGCCCUGCCUCCGGCCCCGGCGCCGCGGGCCCUGCAUCGUCCCCGCCGCCCGCAGGCCCCGGGCCCGCGCUGCCCGCCGUGCGCCUCAGCCUCGUGCGCCUCGGGGAGCCCGAAGGGGCCGGGGAGCCUCCCGCCACGCCCGCGGGGCUGGGGGCCGGAGGAGACCGCGUCUGCUUCAACUUGGGCCGCGAGCUCUAUUUCUACCCGGGCUGCUGCCGCCGUGGGAGCCAACGGUCGAUUGACCUCAACAAGCCAAUUGACAAGCGGAUCUAUAAGGGCACCCAGCCCACCUGCCAUGACUUCAACCAGUUCACUGCUGCCACGGAGACCAUCUCCCUGCUGGUGGGGUUCUCAGCCGGCCAGGUGCAGUACCUGGAUCUCAUCAAGAAGGACACCAGCAAGCUAUUCAAUGAAGAGCGGCUGAUCGACAAGACCAAGGUGACAUAUCUGAAGUGGCUGCCUGAGUCCGAGAGCCUGUUCCUGGCUUCACAUGCCAGCGGCCACCUGUACCUGUACAAUGUCAGCCACCCGUGUGCCUCGGCACCGCCCCAGUACAGCCUGCUGAAGCAGGGUGAGGGCUUCGCCGUCUACGCUGCCAAGAGCAAGGCACCCCGCAACCCACUGGCCAAGUGGGCGGUGGGUGAGGGGCCCCUCAAUGAGUUCGCGUUCUCUCCUGACGGCCGGCACCUGGCCUGUGUCAGCCAGGACGGUUGCCUGCGCGUCUUCCACUUCGACUCCAUGCUCCUGCGGGGGCUUAUGAAGAGCUACUUUGGGGGCCUGCUCUGCGUGUGCUGGAGCCCCGAUGGGCGCUACGUUGUGACGGGUGGUGAGGAUGACCUGGUCACCGUGUGGUCCUUCACCGAGGGCCGCGUGGUGGCCCGUGGCCAUGGCCACAAGUCCUGGGUCAAUGCUGUAGCCUUUGACCCUUAUACCACGAGGGCUGAGGAGGCAGCAGCCACCAGUGGCGAUGGGGAACCUAGUGGCGAGGAAGAGGAGGAGGAGGAGGAGGCCGAGGCUGUGGGCCCAGGCUCGGGAGGGGGAGUCCCACUGUCCCCGAUGCCCAAGGCCGGCUCCAUCACCUACCGCUUUGGCUCAGCCGGCCAGGACACGCAGUUCUGCCUGUGGGACCUCACCGAAGACGUGCUUUACCCACACCCACCCUUGGCUCGCACCCGCACGCUCCCCAGCACCCCUGGCACCACACCACCUGUGGCCAGCAGCUCUCGGAGUGGCGAGCCAGGCCCUGGGCCCCUGCCACGCUCACUGUCCCGCUCUAACAGCCUCCCUCACCCGGCGGGCAGUGGCAAGGCGGGCGGCCCAGGCGCGGUGACGGAGCCAGGCACACCAUUCAGCAUUGGCCGCUUCGCCACACUCACGCUGCAGGAGCGGCGAGACCGGGUGGCCGAGAAGGAGCACAAGCGCUACCACAGCCUGGGCAACAUCAGCCGGGGAGGCAGUGGGGGCAGCGGCAGCGGGGACAAGCCCAGCGGCCCCGUCCCCCGCAGCCGGCUGGACCCAGCCAAGGUGCUGGGCACGGCACUGUGUCCGCGCAUCCAUGAGGUCCCGCUGCUGGAGCCCCUGGUGUGCAAGAAGAUUGCCCAGGAGCGGCUAACGGUCCUUCUGUUCCUGGAGGACUGCAUCAUCACUGCCUGCCAGGAGGGCCUCAUCUGCACCUGGGCCCGGCCAGGCAAGGCGUUCACAGACGAGGAGACCGAGGCCCAGACAGGGGAAGGAAGUUGGCCCAGGUCACCCAGCAAGUCAGUGGUAGAGGAUCACCUGAGGACUUUAAUUAUUGUAUAAAAGUGCCGCCUGCUGAGACAAGGAAGCUAGCGGAGAUGGCAUCUCCUCUCAAGCAGGCAAUUCCCCAAGCGGCACAGUGGUGUGAAGCCAUGGAUGUCGGGGUCCCCCACCCCCACCCCGCCUCCUAGCCAUAACCUUCCCUGCUGACCUCAUGGAUCAACGGAUUAACAAGACUAACCAUGACGGAUGGACUGCUCCGGUCCCCCAUCCUGCACAAAUUUGGGGGCAGAGGGUCCCCAGACUGGCCCAGACCCUGGGGGGAUGUAGUGGCCUGUGUGGCCUCAGCCUUGUCCCCACCCACUGCCAAGUACAAUGACCCCUUCCUCUGAAACAUCAGUGUUAGCCUCAUUCCUGUCCCCAGCAUGUGACUGGUCACUCCGGGGAGGGGAGAAGCUCCCCACUCACAAGAGCUCUGCCAUGUGCCCCUCAUUCGUGGGCAGGGCAGGGGUGACCCACCCCUCCCCUGGCCCUGCCCCCCCCCCUGCUGUUGUUUGUGCUUUUGAAGAGUGUUAAGUUAUGGAAGCCCUUUGGGGCCCUCCCUGUCCCCCAGCACCUCUUAUUUAUACUAAAGCUCCCUGUUUUCACAGCG